CAGGAUUGGACUGUGAACCUCUGUUGUGAAGUCCUUCCUUCGAUCACCAUCACUCUGUAAGGCCUCUAAUCACAAACCAACAAUCCGAUCAACGAUUUUGCAUCAGUCAACAUGGCCUCAAACGAGUACUACGGAGGAGGUGGUGGCGGGGAUGACUAUGGACGUCGAGAUGAGCGUCGUGGGGAGGGCGGCUAUGGAGGCGGACGUGACGAAUACGGAUCUGGAAGACAAGAAGGAGGAUACGGAGGUGGUAGACAGGGAGGUGGUGAAUAUGGAGGAGGUAGGCAAGAAGGCGGUGGAUACGGGGGACGAGACGAGUAUGGGGGCGGACGACAAGAGGGCGGAGGCUAUGGAGGUCGCCAGGAGGGCGGAUACGGCAAUGAUUCGUACGGUGGAGGUCGCCAGGAAGGGGGUCGAUAUGACGGAGGCCGCGACGAGUAUGGCUCUGGUGGUCGACAAGAAGGCGGUUACGGAAACGACUCGUAUGGUGGCCGCCAGGAAGGACGUCAAGAGCAAGGCUUUGGUCACCAAUCUGACCAUGGACGUCAAGAGGGUUCCUACUCUGAGGGCCAGCGCUAUGGCCAGGGCCACGGCCAGUCCAGCGGUACCUCGUACGGAGGUGGAGGCGCAUACGGAGGAGGUUCUGAUGACUUAUCUGGCGCCGAGCACGAAGCCCGUCAGCACGCCGGCGACAGCGGAGACUCGAGCCUCUUCAGCACUGUCCUUGGUGCUCUCUCCGGAAACAAGAAUAAGAUCCAGGAAGAGGACAUCGAUGAGGAAGAUGCUGUCCGGCAGCACAAGCAGUACUAUGGCAAUGAAGGAGGAUCCGGCGGUCAAGCUACAGCAGGGGGCAUUGGCGGUGCAGCUGCCAUGCAAGCUCUGAAGAUGUUCAACCAGGGCGGUUCCUCGUCCGGACAUGGCAGCAGUGGUGGCGGCCAGAACGCUUUCAUUGGCAUGGCCAUGGGUCAAGCUGCCAAGUUGUUUGAUCAACAGAGUGCACAAGGCAAUGUGCAGAGCGGGGACAAGCAGAGUGCAGUCGAGAGUGCAGCCAAGAUGGCGCUCAAGAUGUACAUGAAGAGCGAAAUGGGUGGAUCGGGAGGUGGCUCGUCCAGCGGCGGUGGUGGUCUUGGAGGCCUGAUGAACCUGGCUAGUAAGUUCAUGAAGUAGGCCUCAUGCAGUUCUACGAAAGAAGUGCAAUGAUGCUACGAAGAGAUGAAAAAAGACGUGCGUAUACAAACACUUUGGUGAAGACAGCAAACAAGCAAGCUGGUCGAUAGAAGCCCAAAAGCAAUGCGUUC